GCCCGCAGUAGCAUGCCGGGGUGGUGUUUGACGAGGAUGUAAGCUAGGUGGCCGCAGCACCACACGAAUCACGGAAAGCUCCGCCGACGCGCGCAUUGGGAACCGCGCCGAUUCGCCCGGGCAUCUCCAGCACCCGCAGCCGAGCACAGGAAGCCCUCGCCCGGCUUGCGAGCAGCGCACACUCCGCGCGGGACUCCUCCAUCCAACCUGGGACUUUUUUUUUUUUUUUUUUUUUUCUUUUUUUUUUUUACUUCCAUACGGACUGAAAACUCAUUGACAAAGAUUCGCUUCUCCUCUGACAGACUUGUCGAAGGUUCUUUUUUUUUUUUUUCUUUUUUUUUUUUCCCCUGGCCUUUAUUUAUUAUUUCUUUACAGUGUGUGCGGCGGACGAGCUGCGUCUUGACGCUCCGCGAAGGAGAGUGUAGGGAGGGGGGGGACAAAAAACAAACAAAAACACAUUUUUUUUUCUUUUUGUGUUGAAAGUAGUAAAUCAUUUCUUCCUGCUGAGGAUGAGAAGAAAUUAGAUGUUUGUUUUACCGGAUUUAUUGUGCGCUUUGGAGAGCAGCGGAGACCCGGAGCGGAGCUGCGCGUAAAAACGCAAAAAAAAAAAGAGGUACGUGGGAUUUCUGCUAAAAAAUGCAUCAUCAACAGCGGAUGGCAGCUUUGGGCACGGACAAGGAACUCAGCGACUUGCUGGAUUUUAGCGCGAUGCGAAACAGCGAUAUGAAAAUGUUCCCAUCAUCCAUGAUGUUUUCCCCUCCUGCUAGCAGUGGAAAGAAUGGACCGACCUCCCUGGGGAGCGGACAUUUCUCCGGCUCAAAUAUGGAGGAGAGAACGAGUGCAGGGUCAUGGGCGAGUGGGAGCCGCUCUUCCAAGAACUAUGCAGAAGGAUCUCAGUACAUGGCGUCACAUGACAGCAUCUCGCCGCCGUACCCAAAUUCCAGACUAACAGGUAAAACAGAAAGGAGUUCAUACUCAUACGGCAGAGAGUCCAACCAACACUGCCACCAGUCGAUGUUGGGCGGUGAGAUGGCUUUGGGGAGUCCCGGUGCCACGUCGCCCACCAAGCCGGCCGGUCAGUACUACCAGCAUUACAGCGCCAACCCACGGAGGAGACCACUGCAUAUGGACUCUAUGGAAAUUCACCCCAGAAAAGUACGGAAGGUCCCCCCAGGCUUGCCGUCCUCGGUGUACGCUCCAUCGGCCAGUACAGCCGACUACAACAGAGAUUCACCGGGCUACCCCAACUCCAAACCUGGUUUCCCAAGCUCAUUCUUUAUGCCAGACGGCCACCACAGCGGCGAUCCCUGGAGCAGCAGUAGCAGCAAUAUCAGCCAACAGGGUUAUCACGGCAGCAUGUUGGGAGGGGGCAACUCGGCACAUGGCCCAACCCAGAGCUCUUCGUACUGUGGGAUUCACCCUCACGACAGACUGAGCUAUCCAGCACAUUCAUCAGCAGACAUCAACUCCAGCCUUCCCCCCAUGUCCAGCUUCCACAGAGGAGGGGGAAGCGGGAGCGGGGCCAAUCACUACAGCACCACCUCAUGCACCACUUCCACCAACGGCACAGACAGCAUGGCUAACCGAGCACAGAGUGGAGCAGCCGCCAGCUCCCAGACAGGAGACGCCUUAGGGAAAGCACUUGCGUCGAUCUACUCCCCAGACCACACAAACAACAGCUACUCGUCCAAUCCCUCCACCCCGGUCGGCUCCCCGCCCACACUUACAGCUGCCAGUUCAGCUGCCUGGUCCAGGAAUGGCGGACAGGGACCGUCGUCACCAAACUAUGAAGCUCCACUACACUCGCUGCAGAGUCGCAUCGAGGACCGCCUGGAGCGCUUGGACGACGCCAUCCACGUACUACGAAGCCAUGCUGUGGGACCAUCAACUGGCAUGACCAGUGGGCACAGUGACAUGCACGGCCUCAUUGGGGCUACACAUACGCACAACGGCUCCAUGGCUUCUCUGGGAAGUGGCUACGGAAGUGGACUGCUAUCGGGCAACAGACACUCCCUCAUGGUGGGCUCUCACAGAGAAGACGGUGGUAUGGGCACUUUACGUGGUGGACAUUCCAUGGCGGCGGGGCCUCAGCUUCCUGCUCAGUCAGCCACCUCGCCAGACCUCAACCAACCGGACCCUUAUCGAGCUCUGUCUGGAGGCCUUCAAGGCCAGAGCACCUCCUCGGUCAGCUCGGAGAUCAAAUCGGAGGAUGAGGGCGACGAGAACCUCCUGCAGGACUCUAAGCCUUUGGACACCAAGAAGGAAGACCUCGACAGCAAGGAUCUCAAAGGAAUUGAUAGGUCAAGAUCUAGCAACAACGAUGAUGAGGACCUGUCCCCGGAGCAAAAGAUGGAGAGGGAGAGGGAACGGAGGAUGGCCAACAAUGCGCGGGAACGCCUGCGAGUACGCGACAUCAACGAGGCGUUCAAGGAACUGGGCAGGAUGGUCCAGCUACACCUAAAGAGCGACAAACCGCAAACCAAGUUACUAAUCCUUCACCAAGCGGUGGCAGUCAUCCUCAGUCUGGAGCAACAAGUCCGAGAGAGAAACUUAAACCCAAAGGCAGCCUGCCUGAAACGCCGCGAGGAGGAGAAGGUCACUGUGUCGUCGGACGGGAACCCCCUCUCACUGGCUGCUGCACACCACGCAGCCAUGGGCGACGGGUCCAACCCAUUGGGACAAAUGUCCAAGGUGCCAGAGUUCAUCAAGAUGAUGAGUGACCACUUCCUCUGACAGCGUUCCCUUGACAUCCCAGCAAUCAAUCAGUGUUGCUUCAGCCAGACCAAUCAAGAAUUAUUGUUUGACCAAUCAGCUCCGCCAUCGUAUCUCUUCUCGUACGUCUCUCUCACCCUCCUCUUCAUUUUUGUUCCCUUCUUCGAGAAAACAAACUGCCAAUCAUCUCCAGCUCGAAUGAACUUUGUGGAGACGUUCAAUGGCCGAAGUGUCGUUUUUUUGGGAGAUUUUGUCAGGAAGCAAUGGGAUAAAACUAUGGAAUCGCCAAUCAUUCAAGAAAGAAUCAACGUACACGACGACAUGCAUUCCCUGUUUUAAAGGACAUCGGGCUUCUAUAUAAGGUAUAUGUAGUACUGUAUAUGUAUAUUAAAAGAAGAAAAAUGACAUGCAUAGCAUACGGGGGAGACGACAAAACAUAUCAAGUAUUAAAACAAGAUUUUUUUUAGAGCGACAUUGUGCAGCCUCAGCAUGUCUCUGACUGAACGGCAAUCUAAUGCCACACUGUGGAUGAAACUGUGCCUGACAUCCUCCAGGAUGCAAAACAGUCAGACGGAUACACAAGGAGGAACAACUCGUAGAUUCCCCUCCGGGCCACGAGCCUUUUAGCAAGGCGAAUCACAAAGGUCAACAAUGUAAUGUGUUAUUGCCCCUCUCGUUUAUGUUUAUAGAUCACACAAUACCAUCUGUACUUUGCAAGUAGACUACAAAAUUGUACAACUGAAAACUUAUCGAACAGUUCAACCUAAUUGGUCUGCGUAGAUCAGGGGUGUCAAACGUGAUCCGGGAUGAGUUUGCUAAGUAUAAAAAUGAGACGAAAUUUUUUAAUGAAAGAAACCGCUGUUCUAAAUGUGUCCACCAGAUGUCGCAAUAGCAAUUAUUUAUAUCUUUGUAGAUGAUGCUACAUAUGUAAAAAAAAAAAAAAAAAAAAAACCACAUGAUGUUAGUGCACCAGUUGACGAAAAUGAGCAAACUACAUAAAUAUCAUCCUCUAAUUUGAUUUUGAUAUAAUUUUUUUAUAGAUUGAAAAUUAACACCAAUGACUGAUGAACAUUAUCUCAUCAUUUAUUCAGAGAGUACAAAUAACGACAAAUAAAGAUACAAUACUAAUUAAAAAAAACCCAACAACAUUAUGAUUUGUACAUUUUCAGAUUUUGUUCUAUUUUUAAACAAAGAAAACCAUCUAAAGUUGUCUUUCUCUUUAAGUUAUCGUGCCGUGAUUGUACCAGUCCGGCCCACUUGGGUGUAGAUUUUUCUCCAUGUGGCCCCCCCGAUCUAAAAUGAGUUUGACACCCCUGGCGUAGAUCUACUUCCGGGGCAAAAAUGGAUCAACUGAAGGACUGAAAUAUUUGAAUCACCCGAGGUUUGGAGAUAGCAGAAACAAAUAAUCAUGCAGCCGUUGCAGUCAUUUCAACCCAGUUCAGGAUUUAAAUGAGUUUUUAUCCUUUAGAAAUAAUGAUUGAAAUUCAUUCUAGCAAUCAGACGUCAUUUAAAUACCACCCAGGUAGUGUUCCAUAUGUGUAAUGUAAAGCUGAUAUACAAAGCAUGUAGUCGACAUCAUCAAUGAUCAAUACUGCUUUCAAAGAUCAUUUUAACUUCUUCAGUUUUAUUGUCUGCAUUACCACAGUGGAACCUGUUUAAGUCCAAACAGUUAAGUCUAAAGUCUGGAGUAUGCUUCUGUCUGAUCACUAAACCGUCCGCUACAACACCGUCUUUAUCCGGUUAAACUUUUGCUGCGUUGAAUUCUCUGCCGAAACGCUAGGGGGCGGUGUUUUCCUGAGAGUGAGAAACCACAACUCUUGACUAUUUUGCGUCCUGUGUGGUAGUGAACAAUAGUGACUGAAACAACGUUCGAUUUGAAAAUGCUGCUUUCUCCAGAAGGAGAACUGGAAAGGUUACAGACUGUCCGGAAAUUAUGUAUUCAAAAAGCCGACCAAUCACAGCUCUGCAGUGCGCUUUGCAAUUGACAAGGAU